CAGGCCUCCCGAACUGGACCCUUUUCCAGCCCCUGUGUGUGCUCCACCACCGAUUCCACACACUCCACAGUCGACGCUGGUGCUAGGACAAGCCAGCCAGUCCCCUCCGUCGUCUUCUACCUCGCGUUCUUGGCCUCCAUUUCUCUGUCUCUCGGCCGCAUGGGGAGGGCGCCGUGCUGCGAGAAGGUGGGGCUGAAGAGGGGGAGGUGGACGAGGGAGGAGGAUGCCGUCCUGGCCAGGUACAUCAGGGAGCACGGCGAAGGGGCCUGGAGGUCGCUGCCAAAGAAUGCCGGGCUGCUGAGAUGCGGGAAGAGCUGCCGGCUGCGGUGGAUCAACUACCUGAGGGCGGAUCUGAAGAGGGGCAACAUCUCGGAGGAGGAGGAGGAGAUGAUCAUCAAGCUCCACGCCACUCUUGGCAACAGGUGGUCCCUGAUCGCCGGCCACCUGCCUGGCCGGACGGACAACGAGAUCAAGAACCACUGGAACUCGCACCUCAGCAAGAGGGCGCGCGAGGGCGGCGACGGCGUCGUCGUCGACGUCGACCUCAGCAAGCUGCCCGGCGGCGGCAAACGGAGGGGUGGGCGGGCAAUUAAGGCCACCAAGGCCAAGGGGAAAGAUAAAGGGAAAGAGAGGAAAUCCGGGAAGGCCAAGAGCAAGGCUGCUGCAAAAAUGGAGCGUCGUCGCAAGGAGGAAGACGGUAAAAACAGCACGAAGGAGCAAGCGCAUGCCUCCUCUAGCGGUGUAACAUCGGAUGGGCUCGAGGAGGGGGCCCUGGGCCGGUGCGAGGAGAUGGUCAGCGGGCUUAAGGAACAGCCGAGCCCAAACCUGGACGUGACGACAGAUGUGGGCGACAGUGAGCCACCCAAGGCUGUGGACCUUGACGAGCUAGGCGGCAGCGUUAUGGAGCUGGACCACCAUCACCAUGAGAGGUGCAAUGAGAGCGAGGGCGUACCCGAGCUUGCGGACCAGGAAGAGCUUGGCGACAAGGCCAUGGAUUUCGGCCAGCCUCGAUGUUGCAACGAGGACGACGGCGGGCCGCCGGGGGCGGUUCUUCUGGGUGACAAAGACAUGGAGUGGGACCUGGUGGGGCUGGACGAGAGCUUGGCCAACGACGAUCUGUGGAGCUCGCUGGUGUGGGACUACGAUGACAUGGUGGCUCCCGGCGGAGGCCAGGAACAGGAGUCGGUGCUGUCGGACCUCUUCCUUUUUGACAGCAUCUAGGCCGAGCGUCCAACUCUCUGUGAAUCCCCCUCAUUGUCUACUGGCCUUCUAGGCGUGUUUUUUCGGUUUUGAUAUGGGGUAGAUUUUGAUCUGGUUGCUCCUGUGGCUUUUUUUUUGUGACAGUGUGUGUGGGGGGUAAGAAGGAAGUUGUAGAAAAAUAAGUGGAGUUGCUCCUUUUGUUCAACGUUGAAAUUCCUAGCA